AUGAUGUUCCACACUGUAAUUUUCUUCCUUGCGUCAACUGUUACAUACGCGUUUGUGUUGGAUGACGUAUCGCCAACCGGAAGCAAUGGUCUGCCGGCACUGGCAGAGCCACCGUUACGAAUUGGAUCCUUCAACAUUCAGGUGUUCGGUAUUACAAAGUUCUCCAACAAACCUGUCGUGGACAUCCUUGUUCAGAUUCUAAGCAGAUACGACAUAGUUCAAAUACUUGAAAUCCGGGACUCCCAUCAAACGGCGUUCGAGGGACUGCGGGUGGAGUUGAACAAAUAUGUAUCUGGAAGGUUCGGACCCAGCGCAGUGUACGAGAAGGUGGUCAGCGAAAGGUUAGGUCGAACCGCAAGCAAGGAGCAGUAUGGCUUUCUGUACAGGCCGUCUCGGGUGACGGUUACAGAUACGUACCAGUAUCACGACAUUCAUGACCUUUUUGAACGGGAACCAUUCUCAGUCAAGUUCAAUUCGCCGACAACAGUCAUUAAGGAUUUCGUUAUGGUUGCCAACCACAUUCAACCUUCAGCUGCCCGUGAAGAAAUGGACAACUUGACCAAAGUCUACACUGCACUUCUGCGGCAUUGGCAUUUGGAGGACGUGAUAAUAGGCGGCGACUUUAAUGCAGACUGCAACUACCUGCGCCUAAGUGACUGGAAGAAUAUUUCGCUGAAAAGUGACCCCAGAUAUACCUGGCUGAUUGAUGACGAUAUCGACACUACCGUUUCACAGUCAUCAUGCAGCUAUGACAGGUUUGUGAUAGCAGGGAACCUCAUGAAAGAUUCGGUUGUUCCGGGAAGUGUUCAUGCUUUUCGCUUUGAUGAGGAAAUGCAUUUCAACAAAACAAUGGCAUUGGCAGUCAGUGACCACUACCCCAUUGAACUACAACUAGAAGGCAGUCCUCACGUACAAACACAACAGGGUCUGAGGACAUCGAUUUCCUUCACCGUCGUCGACUCACAUCCAGUUGCUAACGUCAAUGACAUCAGAAGUAUCUACCAUACGCCUUCCUGCGCCAGCUCAGUUUUUACGACUAAAUUGCAGAUGGAGGCCUCACAUAUGGACUUUGUCACAGCGCAUACUACGGUUUCUGAUGAUAAAUACAUCAUGUCCAACUUAAUGGCGUUCCGCUCCUCGUGUCCUGGAACUAUUUCUGCGGAACUACUUAGCAUGACAGAUGGAUAUUUAAAAUCUGCAUUCAUUACGCAUGCGCCGCCGGAUGUUUAUGGACUGAUUUAUUCAGUUCGGAAAGAAAUAUUUGAUAUCCUUAUCAAAUGUUCAUUGCAGCCACCUUACACAUGUGAGCUGACAAUAUCAAAGCAGCUUAGCGGACAUUAAGCGAUACAGGCGACCGUUAAUUGAUUUUCACAUUUUGUAGAACCAUUGUGUUGGCUAAGAAAUCUAAGCAUUUUUGAUAGCUCCAUUAAUCACCAUGUUUGAUUUCCACGCCUGACCCCAAUUUCUCGAAACUUAAGACCGUUAUAAUAGGAUUAAGCUAAACCCACUAUUUUUGUUUUUCAUUAUUUGCAAUUUAUAUACUUCUUUAAAAGUUUGAAUACUCAAGCUAUCACUACCCGCAACACAAACAUUUUUCUCAUAGUUAAAUACCGACAUUGAACUCAUUUAUUUUAAACGGGGCGUUUUAAAACAGUGUACAUAAUUUAUAUAUCAACCAUUUUUGGUGUCUUAUAUGAAACUACAUAAAAAGUGCCAUCAACUUAUGUUGAAUGAUCGGAAAUAUUAUUUAUAGAUCUUGUCAUGUUCUGUCUGUCUGUUUUAUUGUGCGUUAUUUUAAUAUUUCUUACUGACAUACUUCAUAACAUGAUCUUAAAGUGUGUGUACUAGUAAAUUAAGAAUAUAUUCCAUACUAUUGGCAUCAAUUACUUUGAAAUGAAUACUUUUGCUUAACACCCUUAGUCAUGAUUUUAAUAAAAAUA